AGCCUGAACUCCCAGCCCUGCUCUGGCCCCCGCGGGGGCAAGUGGCCCUCCCCCGGCUGCCAUGCCCUGGGCCAGACGGAAGCAGGGAGCAUAGGGAAGGGGCAGCAUGAAUGGGGGCUGCUGCAGGAGCGCUGCCUCCCGGAGCCCUGUGUGCGCCUCCUACUCCCUGCUGAAGACGCCCCCCUGGGGCCUAAGCUGCUGCUUCGCCCUGCAGCACCUGGCUGUCCAGGCUUCUCUCCUCUGCAUCUUCCACCUGCUCCUGCUCCCAGCGCCCCCCGUCCGGGACCAGAACCGGAACUGGAACGAGCUGCUGGCCCGGAGCCUCUUUGCCUGUGGGGUCUCCACGGCGCUGCAGACCAGCCUGGGCAGCAGGUUGCCCUUGGUUCAAGCGCCAUCGUUUGAGUUCCUGAUCCCUGCCAUGGUGCUGAGCCACCACAUGCCCCACACAGCCAGGAACGGUACAGACGUGCCUGCUGAGUGCGCUGGGCAGGACUGUGCCGCCCCCGGGAGCUGGAAUCAGUCACUCCGAGAGGUCUCUGGAGCUGUAGUGGUCUCGGGGCUGGUGCAGCUGGCGCUGGGGGUAUCUGGCGUGGGGGGAUGGGUAGCCCAGCGCUGCGGGCCCAUGGUCCUGGCCCCCAGCCUCUCCAUCAUCGGACUGUCUGCCUACAAAGAGGCAGCCCACUUCUGCUCGGCCAGCUGGGGGGUCGCCCUGCUGCUCGUGCUCCUCGCCAUCCUGUUCUCCCAGCACUUGGGGUCCUGCCGCCUGCCCCUUUGCACGUGGACCCGGGCCAAGGGCAUCUCCGUGGAGACAAGCAUCCCAGCCUUGCGCAUGUUUUCGGUGCUGCUGCCGCUUUGCUGUGCCUGGAUUGUCUGGGGAGUCCUGAGCCACCUUCGCGUCCGCUGGGACCUGCUGGGCCCUGCCACGUGGCAGCUGACCACAGCCAACGGCACCCUCCGCUCCCCUUGGCUCCAAGUCCCUUACCCAGGUGAGGGGGAAUGGCCGUCCCUUAGCUCCCGGGCUCUGGGCGUGGGCGUCGCCAUGGGCAUCACCUCCAGCAUGAACUCCGUGGGCUGCUACCUGCUGUGCCCACGAGCGCUGCGGACCCCCGCCCUUCCUCGGCAUGCCUGCAACCGCGGGCUCUGCACGGAAGGGCUGGGCAGCCUCCUUUUGGGGGCGCUGGGGGGCGUGAGUGGCACGGCUUCCAGCAUCCCCAACGCCUGCACCAACAGCCUCACCCAGGCCAGCUCGCGUCACUCCGUGCAAGUGAGUGCGUUGGCAUGUGUGUUCCUGGGCAUGUCCCCCCGGCUGGCAGAGCUCCUCACCACCAUCCCACUGGCGGUUCAUGGCGGCGUGCUCUGCGUGACAUACACCGUUGCCGUCGGCACCGGGAUUUCGUAUUUCCAGUAUGCGAACAUCGACUCGGGGAGGAACAUCUUCAUCGUGGGCUUCACCAUGUUCAUGGCACUGCUGGUGCCGCGGUGGCUCAGCGCGGCCCCCGGAUACGUGGCCACAGGCUGGGUCUGCCUGGACCUUUUCCUCCUCUCUGUGAUGACGGUUCCAGUCUUUUUAACCGGCCUCUUGUCCUUCUUCUUGGAGAACACGGUCUCAGGCACUCUGGAAGAACGAGGGCUGCUCACUGAGCUGGCAGCGUGGAAACCAGGCGUGGGCGAGAACGCUCCUGAGGGGUGCGGGAGCGAAGCCAGCCAGGUGUACGGGCUUCCCCCGGCCCUGAGAAGGCUGCUCCCUCCCUCCAGGUGUAAGGCCUUUCCAUUCUGCUUCCUCUGUCCGGGGAGGGAGGAGAGCCACGCUUUGGAAGAGGGGUCAGCUCCCCUGGGGGAAGCCACAGGCCUGCUGCUGAAACCCAGCGCUGUGGAAUUGGAGUCAGAUAGGAAAUGGAGAGAGACCAAGAGCCGCAAAUGGGACAAUGCUGUUUGAUGCUGGGAAACCGUCCCAAGGAACCUGCUCUGCAUCCCUCUGCGGCAGGCAUCGGAAGUGACGUGGGUUUCACCCGGUUAGUUUGCUCCCUGCAUUUCAAGCUUGUACUGACUGGAGGGUGCAGUUCCGUCCCACGCUCCCAGCACGGACCUUGUUCCUCCCCAGCUGGGGCUGUAUAAAAAGAUGCAACCA